AUGGGUUUUUGGCCGUACGGGGAAUUGCAACCCAAUGCCGCGAAACGUUCAUUAGUCCUUAUCUUGGGUAUUGUAGUUGGAUGUAAAUUGGUAACACACUAUUAUAAUCCAACUAAGGAAUAUGAACAAAAAAUAGCUGAUGGAAAACUUGAAUUAUUGAAAAAGUAUAGAAAAAUCCAUGAGGAAAGAUUAAAGCGUUGUGGUAAUUUAGAAACUUCUUAA